CAGGCAAGACGCCAUCCAGGGGGGGGGGGGGGGGGGGGGGGUGGCGUCUCGCUUCCUGUAGCGCUCACCCCAUCUCGUCUCCUCCCCCCCGUUCCCCCAAACCCACUCGGCCUCCCUCCCCUGGCGGCGGCGACUGGGCGAGCGGCGCCGCCCUUUGCCAGGUCUCCUUCGGGCCCAUCGCCGGCGGCAAGUUCCGACUAGCUCGAUCGGUUCCUUCGAUCUGGCCAUGGUGCCGGCGCAGUUUGUUUCACAGGAUUCUGUGGGGUUCAACUGAACCCGCGAGUGAAGCCUGCCGCCGCGGUACGCAACCACGGGGGACCAUGGCUGCGGCUGCGGGCGCGUCGGAGCCGCCAAUGGUGGAGCAAGUGAUCACCGAGUUCUUCGCCAAGAGCCUCCACAUCAUCCUGGAGUCGAGGUCGCCCUACGAGUCGUCGCGCAACUUCACGCGCCCUUCCCCGCCGUCGUCGCCGCUGUCCGGCAGCCAGCCGCGCGACCGGUGGUUCAACCUCGCCCUCCGGGACUGCCCUGCUGCGCUCGAGAACUUUGACCUGUGGCGGCAGAGCAACAUCGAGCCUCUGGUCAUUGACAUUGUCCUCCUGCAGCGCGACAAUACCAGAACCGCCAGUGCUGGGCCCGGCAGGAUCAUCGAAAGGUGGGUGAUAAAGUAUGAAACUAGCAGGUCUGUCAGCAGCAGUGGUAAUGGUAGCAAGAACGGUGGCAAGAAGUCUAGGAGCAGCUCUGCUCAGGAUCAUAGCCUGUACAGGAGGGCAUACAGUGGCUCAACAGUGUUGUUCCGGUCGCUAUAUCUGGUUGUCAGGCUCUUGCCAGCAUACCAUCUCUUCCAGGAGCUCAGUUCAUCCGGAAGAAUCCGUCCACUCAGCCUCUCACACAAGAUUUUGUCGUUUGUUGAGCCAUUCACCCGCGCAGAGGAUGCAGAGAUGAAACACUAUGCAUUUGCUCCAAUUGAAACUCUGUCUGGUCGCUUGAGCUUGUCAGUUUCAUAUGUGCCAGUGCUGGAGGUAGCAGCAGCACCAGAGCCAACCACACCGAUGGCAACAGAGAUUAUCACGGAUUACGUUGGAAGCCCCACAACAGAUUUUCUGAGGAAGUUUAAUUCCCUACCUUCAGAUGGCAUUGUACCUGCAUCUUUUACCAUGAGCAGGCGGCACAGUUGGAGCACGGAACAUGGAACUGGACCAUCUGCAUCACCAUCACGUAUGCCCACUGAUAAUUCUCCAACAGCAUAUUCACAUCAACUUAACACAUCAUCAUCUGCGAAGAAGAGAGAUGCAGUAAAUGAAGAGUGCUAUCCAUCGCCACCUCUGUCGCCAUCACCAUCCCAUUCACCUUCUAGCUACCCGAGAAAUCCCUUCUUCCGAUAUGAGAGUGCUCCAAUGAGUAUUACCACAGUGAGGGCUGGUGGAGGUGGUAGCAGGCUGCCUCCUUCUCCACAUAGGAAGGAUAAGCAACAGUGCCCAUUUCGAAAUGAAAAUCUAACACGUUCUCCCAAUGAUAGAUCAAUAAUAAUGAAGGAUUUGGUCAGGCUGGGUGAGGUUCAGAAUGAGAAGUCUUUGCAAAAGGUUUUAUCUUUUGGCAAAGAUGAUUUGGUAUAUUUUCGUGGACUAAAGUUGACUCGGACCUCCAGUAAACUUUUCAUCAUGGAUGAACUGGAUGAACGAGAGUUGGUUUUUGCUUGGGAAGAUAAAGACACCAUCAUCGAUCAACUUAGCAGGAUGGAUCUCGAGAGAGAGAACCAUGAAUCGAGUCAGGAAGCUGGAGGCUCGAUAACCAGGUCUCCAGAUGCAGCAAUAGGUAGUCUCAUGCGCAUCCUUAAGAACGCCCCGGGACUCAGGGAAAGGUUACUGACGGCCCCUGGUGCCCCGGUUCCUCGAGAACCUUCUUCACUCCAGAGGGUCAUGACUGAGGAACAUGGCAGGGGUGCAUCAAGCUCUGCAGUGGUGCCUUCCGCUCUGAUGAGGUCAAGAACGGCAGCGGAUGCGCUGGAGGAGCUGAACAGAUACAAGGAGAUUAGGGAAUCGAUACUGAAUCGUGGCAAAGGGAAUCCCCGCGACACCAAGCUUGAGGAGAAACCCGCAGAUGGAGAUCCUUAGCAUACAGUAUGACAGUAUGAUGACGAAAGCUCACUGUAUAUAAAGUAGUAGUAGUAGUAGUAGAAGCUAUCUGACUUUCCUUAAGUAGCUGGUGGCUGCUGAGAUGUUUUUGGAAACGAAGUAGCUGCUAGGGCGUGAGCAACUCUAUAUAUGCAAUAUAUGUAUAAGCUACCACAUAUACAUCCCCAUCCAUCCACCCAUCCAUCCAGGUGCCCUGAGAUGAUGACCCAGUUGCUGGGUUUGUAAAGCUUAUAUGUUUAACUGAAGUGCACGCAUUGAAAUGUGAAAUGCAAUGAAUAUUUUGAACGUUUGGUUCA